AUGUUCGUGGCAUCGGUGGGGGUGCUGCUUCGCCAAGACGGACGGUUGCUGCUGCUGCUGCUGCUGUCGGCGAGAGAGGGGCCACGGCAAGAGCAGGGGGUAGGGGGGGGGGUAGGGGGGGGAGAGGCGCGGCACCGGCAGCAGCAACCGGACGUGGAAGGGGGGGCGCAGCUGGGGGGAGGGGGGUCAGAAGAGGAGGCGCGGGGAGAGGGAGGGGCAGGGGGAGGGGGAGAGGAAGGGCCGCUGUUGUUGAGGCGGACAGGCGGAAGAGCGGACGGGCCAGAAAGCGGAAGGUCAGUCGGAAGAGGCGCGGGGAGAGGGAGGGGCAGGGGGAGGGGGAGAGGAAGGGCCGCUGUUGUUGAGGCGGACAGGCGGAAGAGCGGACGGGCCAGAAAGCGGAAGGUGAUGGGCGAUGUCGAGGAAGAUGACGACGGGAUGGAUGGCGACUACGAAGGCGGCGGAUACUCCCACCGGGGCUAGGAGCGCUGGACUAGAGGCAGAGGGCGGAGGCGGGCACGGACUAAUAGAUUUCUGCUGUGCGCGUUGGAAUUGCGGGAGGGCUUCGAGUGCCGGCCGGGGGAAUCGCUUGAAGUCUUGCUUGUGUUCGGGACCUCGCGCGGACGAGAAGCGAGGGGGUGCGGUGGAUGAUGCGCGCCCGCGGGGGGGGGGGGGUACAACCAUCGGCCGACAACCUUUGUUCUUGGAAGCGGGCUGGCUCCUUCAAAGGGUCUGGUGAUUGGUGAUUGGGUAAUUUGCGAAGCCAAGAAGCGGUGCAAGCCCUGCUUACCCACGGUAGGCAACGAAACGGUCCGGCGCCACGGGACUGUCGGGACGGCGGACCGCAGGUGCUUAGAAACCGGAAAAGCUCUCCCGCUCUCCCGCCUAGAGCGAGUUACAAGUAGUUUUAUUAUGUUCUUGUUUUGUCUUGUCCGCGGGGAGUGUCUAUUAUUUCAGCACCAAGUACGAAAAUUU